AUGAACACUCAACAGAUGGAGCAGAUGGGCCAGUUCAAGAUCACAGUCUGGGAGGAGGAGAACUUCCAGGGAAAGCGCUGUGAGUUCAUGCUGGAGUGCCAGAACAUCAUGGAGAGGGGCUUCAACAAGAUCCGUUCCAUCAAGGUUGAGAAUGGACCUUGGGUGGGUUAUGAGUACCCAGAGUUCCAGGGACAGCAGUUUAUCCUGGAGAAGGGAGACUACCCUCGCUACGAGGCCUGGAGUGGAAACAGCAGCUACAGAACCGAGCACAUGCUUUCCUUCAGACCCAUCAAGUGCGCUAACCACAGUGACAGCAAGGUGACCCUGUACGAGUGUGAGGACUUCCAGGGCCGUAAGUUCGAGAUGUGCGAUGACUACCCUUCCCUACAGGCCAUGGGAUGGUGCAGCAAGGAGGUGCCUUCCAUCAAAGUCAACUCAGGAGCCUGGGUGGCCUACCAGUUCCCUGGUUACCGCGGCUACCAGUACAUCCUGGAGAGAGACAGACACCAAGGCGAGUACAGAAACUACAAUGAGUUCAGCACCCAGGCUCACACCAACCAGGUGCAGUCCAUUCGUAGGAUCCAGCACUAA